AUGACACAUAAGCAGCGGAGGCUGAUCCUGGCACAGUGGUUGCAGGCUUUGAGGAAGGAGAAGUCCCGCGAUGCAGCGCGCUCGCGGCGCGGGAAGGAGAACUUUGAGUUCUACGAGUUGGCCAAGAUGCUGCCGCUGCCGGGCGCCAUCACCAGCCAGCUGGACAAGGCCUCCAUCAUCCGCCUGACCAUCAGCUACCUGAAGAUGAGGGACUUCGCCAACCAGGGGGACCCGCCGUGGAACCUGCGCAUGGAAGGCCCGCCGCCCAACACCUCAGUCAAAGCUAUUGGAGCUCAGAGGAGGAGGAGUUCCACUGCCGUUGCCUCAGAGAUCUUUGACCCGCACCUCGGAAGCCACAUUCUGCAGUCCCUGGAUGGAUUUGUAUUUGCACUAAACAAAGAGGGGAGAUUUUUGUACAUCUCCGAGACGGUGUCCAUAUACCUGGGCCUCUCACAGGUGGAGUUGACGGGCAGCAGUGUGUUUGACUACGUCCACCCGGGCGACCACGUGGAGAUGGCGGAGCAGCUGGGCAUGAAGCUGCCCCCGGGCCGAGGCCUGCUCUCUCAGGGCACCGCCGAGGACGGCGCCAGCUCCGCCUCCUCCUCCUCCCAGUCCGAGACGCCAGAGCCAGUGGAGUCUACCAGUCCGAGUCUGUUGGCCCCUGAUAACACCCUAGAACGUUCUUUCUUCAUCCGAAUGAAGUCCACCCUGACCAAGAGAGGCGUCCACAUCAAGUCAUCGGGCUAUAAGGUCAUUCACGUCACAGGCAGACUGAGGAUAAGGAUGGCACUGACCCACAGUCGAUCGGUGCCCAAUCAGAUCAUGGGCAUGGUGGUGGUGGCCCACGCCUUGCCCCCUCCCACAAUCAAUGAAGUGCGCAUUGACUGCCAGAUGUUUGUGACGCGGGUCAACAUGGACCUCAACAUCAUAUACUGUGAAAACAGAAUUAGCGACUACAUGGACCUGACGCCAGUGGACAUCGUGGGGAAGAGAUGCUACCACUUCAUCCAUGCCGAGGACGUGGAGGGCAUCCGGCAGUGCCAUCUGGACCUGAUCAACAAAGGCCAGUGUGUGACCAAGUACUACCGCUGGAUCCAGAAGAACAGCGGCUACAUCUGGAUCCAGUCCAGUGCCACCAUCUCCAUCAACGCCAAGAACGCCAACGAGAAGAACAUCAUCUGGGUCAACUACGUGCUCAGCAACCAGGAGUACAAAGACGUGCCCAUGGAUAUCGCACAGCUUCCCAACCUCCCGGAGAAAGCAUCCGAGUCUUCCGAGACCUCCGACUCCGAAUCCGACUUCAAGGAUAACUCUGAGGACAACGAGAACUCCAAGUCGGACGGCAAGGGCAACCAGUCGUCGGAGAACUCCGAGGACCCCGAGCCGGAGAGCAAGAAGCAGCCGCGGCAGCCGUCGCAGGAGAUGCGGCGCCAGGAGGAGGGCGACAGCUCCAGCAACCCGGAGAGCCAGGACAGCGAGGACAGCCUGGAGCCGUCCGACUGCGAGGCCGACAGCAAGGAGGGGCGCCUGGGCCGCCUGGGGGGGCUCCACAUCAAGGUGGAGCACUACGGAGACCCCGAGGCCCUGCAGCUGCACGACUCCAACUCCGACUCCCCGAAGGACUGCGGGAUGGGCGCGGCCACGGAGCUGGCCGGCUCGGCCGCCAGCAAGCACCAGAAGCGCAAGAAGCGGCGGAAAAAGCAGAAGUGGAACGGCGGCGGACGGAGGCAGCGGCCGAGGCUGGCGUCGGACGAGCCGGAGAGCCCGGCAACGGCGGAGGGCGGUGGCGCGUCUCUGGGCGAGCGGCCGCCGCUGCUGCCCCCGCCGUCGCCCACCAAGAUCAAGACGGAGAUGUCGGAGCCCAUCAACUUCGACAACGACAGCAGCAUCUGGAACUACCCGCCCAACCGGGAGAUCUCGCGCAACGAGUCGCCCUACAGCAUGACCAAGCCGCCCGCGCCCGGCGCCAACGAGCCCUUCCCGUCCCCGCAGGGCUCCGCGGGGCUCCAGGUCGCCAUCCCCGACUCGGUGCUCACCCCGCCGGGCACGGACGGCAGCGGCGGCGCCCGCAAACAGGGCUUCAGCGGUGCCAACGGCGGCACCCCCAACUCCACCUCCAGCGUGGGCUCCAACCUGGCGCCGCCGUCCAGCUCCUCGUCCGCCGACCCGCUCUCCCCGCCGCUGUCGGCGUCCCCGCGGGACAAGCAACAUGGCGGCACACCCACCACCUCCUCUUCCUCCUCUUCCUCCUCCUCCUCCUCCUCCUCCGCCUCCGCGGUCGCCGGCAACGGCUCGCUGCUCUACGGCGGCGACCUGGAGGCCCUGCAGCGGCUGCAGGCGGGCAACAUGAUGCUGCCGCUCGUGCACCGCGUCACCGGCACGCUGGCCGCCGCCGCCGCCACCAGCAGCGCGGCCGUCUCCGGGGCGCCGCGCGUCUACACCACCGGCACCAUCCGCUACGCGCCCGCCGACGUCACGCUGGCCAUGCAGGGCGCCAACCUGCUGGCGGCGGCCAACGGGCCCAACGCGGCGGCGGCGGCGGCGCACGCCAUGAACUUCGUGGACGUCAACGGGCCCGGCUUCGCCAUCGACCCCAAGACGCCCAUGGAGAUGCUCUACCACCACGUGCACCGGCUCAACAUGUCGGGCCCGUUCGGCGGCGCCGUCACCGGCGCCAGCCUGUCGCAGAUGCCCGCCGCCAACGUCUUCACCACGGCCGAGGGCCUGUUCUCCACGCUCCCCUUCCCCGUCUACAGCAACGGCAUCCACGCCACACAGACUCUCGACCGCAAGGAGGACUGAGGCCCGCCCCUUUCCGAGACCACCUUACUGUGUUACCGUUACUAUCGACUGUGUUACCAGACUCUUUUUCCAGAGAGAGAGACAAAAAAAACUUUAAAAAAGUCAAAAAUAAAAACACGAACAAAAAAAAAAUAAGAAGACGCAAAACUGUGUUUUGAAGCGGGAGACUGUGAGAACUGUAAAAGAACAUUUGAAAUAAUUUUAGCACUUUGAAUUUCGAGCAAUUGCGCUUGUGGAAUUGAAAUGUAUGGUCCCACUCCACCCUCUCCCUCCUCUCCUCUCUCCUUCUCACUUCACAUCUUUUUCUAUCUUUCUAUCACCCAUCUUUUCUCUCUUUCUAGACCUUCUCUUUCUAUCUCUUUCUUACCUCCCUGAUCUCUAGGUGUCAGUGACAUUUCCUCUGAAUGGACUACGCUGACCCUUCCUUUCUGGCUCCAGAGAACUCUCUGUAGGACUUCUCUGUAGGCAGAAUGAGGUGUACUUUUUAUUUGAGUCGAUUUUGUUGCAUCUCUAUUCGGAUGCCUUGUAUAUUUAAAGGUGACUGAAGUGGAUCAGCAGGAAAAAAAAAGAACACGAAACUGUGAUUGUUUCAGAACCAUAUCUUGAUGUGAUCAAGGUGGAUGAUGAUGACAAAAAGGAUGUUGCCCUAUUUGACCUAGUUGAAGGGGUUUAUGAUUCUUUCUAAGUGAGGGAAUUAGUAUUUUAGAAAUUAAUGUUUUCUUUUCCUUUUUUAUAGUUCUGAUUUAACUUGCAAAUCAUACAUUUACUAAAAAAAAAGCAAUUACAGCCGGGUAUUGACCUGUGAAUAGAAUGUUACUGCAACAACAACAACUACAAACAACAACAACAACAACAACAACAACAACAAUUACAACAAAACAAAUCCCAGGACUUUGGAACAGAUCAGUACAUGAUAUCAUAUCUCUCAGUUCCAUUUCCUCCUUUGCAGAUCCAUGGUGCUACCAUCCAAUGACCCCUCACUCAUCUGACCGGUGUAGGCACUGUUCCAGGGCUAGAGACGUGAAGAGUGUUAGGGAAGGAUUUUCUAGUACAGUCUAAACCUCUUGACCCCCCCGAUAAUUUUUUUGUUUUCAACCCCUGCUACCUACCCCAACAUUAACCCCAUACCCAUUCCAAGUUGAUUGUCGGCUGAGCUCAAUGUUAUCAGGCAUUAGAAAGACUAAAGGAGCAGGUUAGGGUUUUGUUUUUUUGUUUGUGUAACGUUUGAAGUGAAUCACUUUCUCUCUCUCUCAGUCUAACUGAGGCUAAUGAGAAUCAUAGACUUGAAAAUGAAAAAUGAAUGUUAUAUAUAAAUAAGGCUUUUCUCCCCCUUCUGUAAUGAAGAUUCAAGUUACUUUUGCUUUUAAUCAAAGCCUAGCAUCUCUGCCAACGUCCCAACCAAGCCGUCUCCUUCCACUGUACACUCAGACUCUCUGAAAUCACAUAUCAAGGAUGUUGAUACAAGGACAUGCAUUUCAGUCAGAAAUGUAAAAAAAAAUAUCUUUGAUUUUGUUUUUGAAAAAAAUAUAUCACAUUCCUAUUUUUUUCCCACCGUUGCCAAAAAAGAUAUGAUUUUUUUCACAGAUUGGUGUUAAAACACUGUGAUUUUUUGUCGUUUAAGAGAAAAAAAAAAGAAAUGAUAGUAAUAAAAUUUAAAAAUACUGUCACUUCAUCCUUUGGCAGCCAUCCAUCCAGUCAUCUAUUACCAAGCGUGAAAUCCGUAAACGUGUACAAUGUGUAAGUGUCACUGGCUGUCAGUUUCCAUAGCGAUUUCAGUGUGUGUUACUAUAUGCAGUAUAUACCGAGCUGAUGUAGCUGUUUCGUCCUUUGUCUUCUCUGUGCUUUCUCUAGUCUGGGGCUGGCCACGGGGGUCAGGUGAGACCGCACCGGUCUCCCUGCCCUCUCCAUUCCCCUCUGCAGUCUUAGUGAACCAGUUGAGGUUAGUGGAUUUUGUGUGGUGGCCUUCCCAAAUGUAGUGUCACCUUUUUUGCUGCUUUUUUCUUUCCUCUGUACUCCCUUUCUUCUGUUCCUGCUAUUGCUUUGCUGUCGUGUAGUCUUACAGACCUCUCUUUCUCUCAGAGAAAAAAGACUCUUAACUAGCUCAAAGGUUUAUGGAGCCAUUUUUUGCCACUGAGGAAUUCUGGGAUUGCAGUUUCCAGCUUGCAUUUACUCUGAAAAAUUAUGACAAAAAAAGUAGCAUUUAGAUUUAACGACUAGACUGGAACCAUACAAGCCUCAGUUGCGAACACAUUCCCAGAGUCCCUUGUGCUUCUUGUAUGCAUUGGGUGUAUUUCAUUGGUUUCCACCAAACCUGUUGACUUCAAGGACCCUGCAACUCACAGGAAUUAAUAAAAAAAAAGUUCAUGGUAGUAUUUCAGGACAAUAAACAAUUUUAAAGAUUUCUAAAGAGAUGAAAAAAAAUAUUUCGCACUAUAAAUCUAUUUUUAUAGGUGUUUUGAAAUUGCAUGUUUACUAAGUUGACUGUUUGGUUUACUUGAUUUUGUUCGGUCCAGCAGCUUUGUCAAAGUUAAGUGUUUUUUAGUCUGUCCAGCAAAGGGAGGGGAUCCUUCGUCUUUUUAACCGAAUCAGGCUUUGCUCAUCAGGAAUAAAAAAAUGUCUGUGGUUUGUUUCUGUAAAGGUGUUGCUGUUAACUCAAACCCAGGUCGUGAAAUAAAUGUUUUUUGACAAAAAAAACGUUAAAAAAAAAAUGUCAGGGUGGAUUGUUACUUUACAGAACGGUUGCAGGAGGGCUUUGGUGUCACCAGAAUGGAAAAAGGGAUCCUAUAGCGUUCUAGAAUUUUCUACGUGGCAAAGCAAUGAGGGGAUUAUGGGGGUUGAGAGAGGGGGGCAGCUCCUAAAACAGACAUAGUGGGCCAGGAAAUACACCCAUAUGUUACAAACAGAGCAGCCGGACGAGCUGCUUCAAUGUUUUUCUGUGUUGUGUCAAAAAUGAUUGCUGGUGAUUUAAUCUUAAACUAAUCUCAGCUGCUGUCAGAUAAAUAGUGUUUAAAAAUGACAAUAUGAAAAAUCACUUCAUUACCUGUGACGAACUGUGUCUGUGUUUUUAACUAUUUCUUGUACAAUUAUACAGAUUCUUUUAUGAGGAACUUGGUGCCAAGUAGGAAAAAAACUAUGGGAGAAAAAGGGUUUCUCUUAGUCUCAAUGUUAACAGUGUUAUAAAUUCUAAAAAGCGAACAAAUUAAAAUAUUAAAAAAGAGAAAAAAAACUAUGGUACAUUUUUAUUUUAUUUUUUAUUUUUUUGUUUUCAGAGGAAAACAUGAACUAACUGAAGCUAACUUUGAGUGCCUGGCUUAUUUUUUGAGAAACAUCUUUUUUUGUUUUGUUUUUUCGUUUGUUUUUCAUUGACCAUAAAUAAUGCUGCAACUCAGAAUUGUACAUACUUCAUUUUACAACAGGGUUAUUUUAUACUUUUGUAGGUUUUCAUUCAGUUUCAAAAGAAACAUGUCAUACAUGGUUGUCUUUCUGUAACACGGUUUUUUACCAUCUUACAGGUGCCAUAUUCAUAAUAAACUUCUCUUGGAUUUGUCAAACUGGCAUCCUUUCUUUUGCAUUCAACCAUCCCAGGCAAACGCCACACACUCUUGUGACUGGCAAGAUUUUUCUUUCUUUCCUUCUUUCUUUACCUCUUGCUUUCCCUCCUUUCUGGUUUCAUUCUUUCCUUUUGCCUUCAAUUUAUUUAAGUAUUAUGCGUUUCAAGAGGAACUGUACGCCUCCUGAUUUUCCUGUGUCCAACGCCCUGCCUGUUGUUUUUUGGUUUUUGUUUGUUUUUGUAGUUGUUGCUCUUCCAUGGUGGGGGCAAACAUUGAGACAUAUGCUCUCU